AUGGUUCAGGUUUUGCACAUUCCCCGCCAAAACCAAGCGGAACUAGCCGACCAAGUCACCGUGCCGACCAGCUGCACGGUGUACUGGAUUCUCUUCAACAGCAUGGCUGCCUAUUUCUUGAUUACAUGGGCGAAUCGGUAUGCGCGUGCGGGCUACGUUCUCGCCUAUACCGCGCUGCAGCCCUUUACAAGUACAGUCCUCACUGCUGCCUUGGUGGUCUCGGGACGGUUCCCGUCCCUGAGCCUCCCGGGCUGGAACGCCUUGGGCGGCUUGGGCGUCGUGGCUGGCAUGCUGUGCAUCCUUUGGGACGGCAAGAAACAACACGAGCACGACACUGCACGGCAGGAGCGCGAGGUUCCACUCAACCAGGCGCAUCAGACGUCUGUGAGCCUUCCUGAAGGCGGAGGCACCAAUGACGCGGCCACAGAUGCAAAAUCCUCAUUUCGAGGAGACCGUGGAUGGCUUCAGUUAUUGCGGUCUACACGCGACGAAACUUCAACCCAGUGCUCAACCUGGCGGUGCUACAACAACCACUCCGACUGA